AUGCCCUGGUCCCCGCUGCCCGCCUUUCCCGCCCACCUGCAUGCCGCCGCGGCCCGUAUCCGCCUGGCGUGCUUCGACGUGGACGGCACCCUCACCGACGGUCGGCUGUACUACGACAAGGACGGCAAUGAGAGCAAGGCGUACUUCGUGCAGGAUGGCCUGGGCCUGAAACUGCUGCAGCAGCACGGCAUCCAUCCCGUGCUGAUCACCGCGCGCAACAGCCAGUCCGCGCUCCGGCGUGGCGCCGAUCUCGGCAUCGACACCCAGAUCGCCGUGGGUGACAAGCUGGCCAGCGUGCAGGCGCUGUGCGCGCAGCACGGCAUCGGCCUGGAACAGGUGGCCUUCAUGGGUGACGACCUGCCGGACCUGGCGCCACUGGGUGCGGUGGGCCUGGCCGUGGCCCCUGCCAACGCGCACCCGUGGAUCGCCGAGCGCGUGCACUGGCAGACCCGCACCGAGGGCGGGCGUGGCGCUGCACGUGAACUGUGCGACCGCAUGAACCGGCCGACCCUGAACUGGCGCACCGUGCUCGGCAUCGGCCUGCUGCUGGCCGCGCUGCUCAGCAGCUGGGCCGCGCUGCGCAACCGUGACAAGGGACCGGCCAACGGCGGCAACGAGGUCGGCGUGGACUACAUCCUGCACGACUUCACGAUCGUGGCCCUCGACGAGCAGGGCAAGGAAUCGACCACCCUGCGCGCACCGCUGCUGGAGCGCCAGCGCGGUGACCAGACUAUCAGCAUCGCGACCCCGCUGUUCGAAAUGCCCGACAAGGACGGCAAGCACUGGACGCUGCGUUCGGAGACCGGCUGGCUCAGCGCCAAGGGCGACGAAAUGAAGCUGCGUGGCAACGUCGCAGGCGACAGUCCCGCCGGCCCGGGCGUGCCGCCCACCACCUUCCGCACCGACCACCUGGACGUGUUUCCGAAGGAAAGCCGUGCCCGCACCGACGCGCUGGUGACCAUGACCCGGCCCGGGAUGGAACAGUCCGGCGUCGGCUUCGAGGUGGAUUCGAAGAACAACACGUAUCAUUUCCUCAGCCAGUCCAAGGGCCGCUACACGCCCCGGCACUGA